UAAUGCGAACCCUGACUGGUAGCUACCGCUACACUGCUGUGCUGGGUCGCCACUAUUCCCAAUGCAAGCCGCUGAUUGCGGUUGAAAAAUGGUCAACAUAACCAUUAAACAGGCUUUAAAGAACACCCUGUGGGAUCUGAGUAAGGACGACUUUCUUGAGUUUUGUCACCAGCUGAGAGACCGCAGGGAAGAUCCGCGGGUCCGCUACAGGGAUGUGGAAAAUAAAAGUGUUUUGCAGAUCACAAACCUCCUGGUUUCAACCUUUACCGAGCGAGGAGCUCUUCCAGUGGCUUUGAGUUUACUGAGGCAGAUAAACUGCAACCAGGAGGCCGAGACGCUGUAUUCAGAAACUAAAGCCUGUGUGGACGUAAAAGGUGACCCUACCUUCCGUAAGACCUCGAGCGGGGAGUUGGACACAAAGCCCUCACAGGAAGCUCGGAACCAUGCGGCCGACCGGCGGCCUCUUUCGUCUCCUGUGACGGAGAAGAAGCCAGAGGAGGUAGAGGCCGAGGCCAAGGCUCGCGUUCUCUCCGAGGGCGGUGACCCUCUUAAUAAAAGGCUUGUUCUGAGCAGGUUUAUGAUUCAGUUCGGCCAGUACAAAGGUCAAACCUUCAAAUGGCUGUUGGAGAAUGAUGUGAGCUACGCCGCCAAAAUGGUGGUUAACCAUGAGAAGCAGCGCCAGACCACGCUUCAGAGCCAGUUGUCGGCCAAUAAGGAUUCUUUGAAGCAAUAUGCGAUUGCUUACCCUGAGGUUUUGAAAGAAGUCCGAUUUCAUCGUGGGUACGAGAGAUCCCGCCAGUCGGGCAAGAAAGGAAAGGCCCUGGUUGGCUUUGGUAAGCACCGAUCAGAGACACUGCAGGAUCUGUACGAGUCCAAGGACAGGGACAAAAUCAGCUAUGUCAGCUUCCUCCGGAACAAGAAGUCAACCUGUGACCAUGGGUCCAAAAUGGAAAUCGCUGUCAAAUACAUUUUACAGCGUGACAAAAAGCAGGCAGCAGCAUCCAGAAAGAGCCGUGCCUCAAGGGCCCCUCCCAAAGACGCAGCCAAAUAAGGCGGCCGACCCGGGAAACAUCAGAACUGAAUAUAUUAAACCUCCCAAGCCUACGUGGAGGGAGCUGGGUGACAUCAUUCCACCCGCUGGGACCAACGCUCUUUCUCUUUGGAAGUCAGUGGCCCGUCCUCCUGCAGCCGAAGAGCAUAUGCAGACUAUUCCAACAAAAA